CACCACAACUUGAUUACAAAAUUGUCCACACUCUAGAUUUCCAUAACUGCUGCCACCGAAUGUAACCCCCCCUCUAUAAAUACCACCUAUUUCGUUUCGCUUUUCCAUCGCUUGACUCCUUCUAAUUUCCCUACCAACAUGAAGAGGCAGAGAGGUGUGACUGUGAACGCUGUUGUUAUGCCCAUGAACAAUCCUCCCAUUGUUGAAGAUGUCACGGCAACGGGGAAGAAGAAAGUGAAGAAAGAGGGUGAGCAGAAGGUGGGGAAGAGUGUGGUGGAGGACGAGGAGAGAAAGGAAAGUUCUAGAGACAUGGUGGCUGGGUUCUUGCAGCAGCAGCAGCAACAAGGAGCAAGAGACGGUGGCAUGAUGGGUUGGAAUUGGGAGGAGAAUAAUCAGAAUAUCCCUUGGUUGAGAGGUGUGGUUGAUGAGCAAAUGUCGUGGGGUUCCACCUGGGUCCCUGCUUGGGACAUGGACUUCCUGGGGGGUGAUGCUUUCACUGACCUCUACAAUGAUGUUGUUUGGGAUGAUGACAUCUGGAAUCUCAACAAUCAAAUCCCAAUUCCCCUCGAUAGAAAGAGGUUUGAUUGGGGGUAGAGAUUGUAGUAAACAACACUGUUUCUCAAGCCUCAUCGUCUUUGUGUUUCCCUUAGUUAGGGAUGGAAUUUCAGUGCUUUCUUUCAAUUAUAUGUUCAAUUCUCUCCCUAUAAUGCUAAUUUGGCUGAUCAAGGUU